CGCGCAUCUUGCAUCUGUCUGUGCCUGCCUCUUCCCAUGCGUGCAAUUGACAGUCACCCCAUCUUCACUUCCUAGUAAAGUAUCAUGGUUCGCCUCACGUCGCUGCUGGCGGCUCUGGUUGGCGCGACCGCCGCGUCGUGCCAGAAUGACGGCCAGAACCACGACUCCUCCACCGGCUACACCCAGAUGAUCAGCUACGUCAAGCGCCACCCGGACUGGACUCGCGAGGACUUCUGGACGCACUGGCAGACAGUGCAUGCGCCCAAGGUUGCUCCCCUGGCAGCCUAUUUUAACAUCACCCGCUACCAACAGAUCCAAGUUGGAGGCAUGAUCCCCCCUACCGCAUCCGGAGCAGACAAGCCUGCCAACACCACCCUUGUUAGCUUUGACGGCAUCGCCAUGUUCUUGUACCCGGAUCCCUCGGCGUUGACCGCGAUGCUCGCUCACCCUUACUACAUCGACGUUGUGGAGAAGGAUGAGGAAACUUUUAUCGAUAAGUCGGCCUAUGGUGCCGGAAUGGUCGCGACCUAUGUCGGGAACAAUAUCGAGGUGGUUAACGAAGGUGUCGAUGUCUGGGUCGGGAACGCCGCCACGGCUGAGAAGUACCAGAAGCUUUUUGAGACGUACCUUUAGAGGAUGUCUGUAGUUAGCUGCACGCAUAUCUCAAUGGACUAAUUGGUAAUGUGCUGCACCCCAUCGGGGGCAGAUAUGGCUUCAUCCAAAGCUGAGAUAUGUGUCAGAUAUGUGGUCGCGUCUCAUUAGCUUCGAGCUGGG